GACAACAAUCCAAUCGGUUUUUUUGCCACCGUGUUUGAGAACCGCUACGUGUACAGUUUUAACGGGGAGCUCGCGGGAGGCUGUUACCAGGCCAACCGCGUACAGAUAUGUGUUAUUGUUAUUGUUGUACUAUUACUCGCUAUGUGGACAGGCCGAGGAGGCGCUGAGGAGUUAGGGAGGAGGACACGCGAAGGAGACGAGAAGGCGUUGAGAAGAUGAUGUACUCGUCGAGGAGGAAGCCGGUCCUCUACUUCAAAGAGGAGAGGCGGCUCCUGUCUGGUAGGUGUACCCUCUACAAGCUGUUCGGCCUCUGCAUGGUGCUGCUGCUCGUGUCUCUGCUGUGGCUGCAGCUCAGCUGUUCCGGUGAGAUGUGGACCACCGUGCACGCAGAGCUCCGCCCCCCCCAGCCGCCGCCCUGCCCCCCCGCCGCCGCUCAGGCAUCUGCAGCGGACGACCCCUCCUGGGGUCCUCACAAGCUGGCCCUCAUCGUCCCCUUCAGGGAGCGCUUCGACGAGCUGCUGGCGUUCGUUCCCUUCAUGCACUCGUUCCUCAACAAGAAGAAGAUUCGCCACAAGAUCGUGGUCAUCAACCAGGUGGAUCACUACAGGUUCAACCGGGCGUCGCUGAUCAACGUGGGUUACCUGGAGAGCGGCAACGACACGGACUACCUGGCGAUGCACGACGUGGACCUGCUGCCCCUGAACGAGGCACUGGACUACGGGUUCCCCGUGGAGGGCCCGUUCCACGUGGCCUCGCCCGAGCUGCACCCGCUGUACCACUACAAGACCUACGUGGGCGGGAUCCUGCUGCUCACCAAGAAGCAUUACCACGCGUGCAACGGGAUGUCGAACCGGUUCUGGGGUUGGGGCCGAGAGGACGACGAGUUCUACAGGAGGCUGAGGAAAGCUGAGCUGCAGCUCUUCAGACCGAGUGGGAUCACCACGGGCUUCAAAACCUUCCUCCACAUCCACGACUCGGCCUGGAGGAAGAGGGACCAGAAGAGGGUCGCCUCUCAGAAACAGGAGCAGUUCAAGGUGGACCCUGAGGGGGGGCUGACUAACAUCCGGUACCAGGUGGAGUCCAGACAGGAGCUGAGCAUCAGCGGCGCUCCCUGCACCGUCAUCAACACCAAACUGGAGUGUGACCAGAACCUCACGCCCUGGUGUCUGCUGGCCUAGAGGGACCCCCCCUCUAGAGGGACCCCCCCUCUGGCCUAGAGGCCAGAUUCUAGUUUUUUGCCCGAGAGAAUUCUUCUGCAGCAGAAACGAUGAAGACCAAAUGAAGCAGUGCAGAAAUAUGAAAGAAUGGGACAAACGGACAUGUUGAACAUUUAUUAAUUUCAUCUCCAACGGGACACAAACUGGAGCUUCGUGUCCUCGUUUCUCCAGCCGGCCGUGGAGUAAAUACCUCCGAUGUCAUGUAACUUUAACAUGUGACGAGGUCACGCCGUCGACCUCAAACCUCACGAGCGCCAAUGUUUUUAAUGUAAAGUCUUUUUUAGUUUCACUGGGGUUGUGCAAAAGGAGCCGAGCUUCAGAGCGGGAUUUCUGUAUUUUAGUUUCUUUUUUGCAGAAUAAGAAACUUUAUUUCAAGGAUUUCUUUGUCAUUAAAUAAUAAAUUAUGUCCAAACA